AUGGACCUGGUGUUUGUUCCCUCCCUCAGCACCAUGGACCUGCUGUUUGUUCCCUCAGCACCAUGUUCCUCAGACAUGGACCUGUUUGUUCCCUGUUCCCUCAGCACCAUGGACCUGUUUGUUUGUUCCCUCAGCACCAUGGACCUGCUGCUCUCUAGCAGAAAGGCUCUCCAGCAGAAAGGCUCUCCAGCAGAAAGGCUCUCCAGCAGAAAGGCUCUCCAGCAGAAAGGCUCUCCAGCAGAAAGGCAGAAAGGCUCUCCAGCAGAAAGGCUCUCCAGCAGAAAGGCUCUCCAGGCAGAAAGGCUCUCCAGCAGAAAGGCUCUCCAGCAGAAAGGCUCUCCAGCAGAAAGGCAGAAAGGCUCUCCAGCAGAAAGGCUCUCCAGCAGAAAUGCUCUCCAGCAGAAAGGCUCUCCAGCAGAAAUGCUCUCCAGCAGAAAGGCAGAAAGGCUCUCCAGCAGAAAGGCUCUCCAGCAGAAAGGCUCUCCAGCAGAAAGGCAGAAAGGCUCUCCAGCAGAAAGGCUCUCCAGCAGAAAGGCUCUCCAGCAGAAAGGCUCUCCAGCAGAAAGGAUCUCCAGCAGAAAGGCUCUCCAGCAGAAAGGCUCUCCAGCAGAAAGGCUCUCCAACAGAAAGGCUCUCCAGCUGAAAGGCUCUCCAACAGAAAGGCUCUCCGGCAGAAAGGCAGAAAGGCUCUCCAGCAGAAAGAAUCUCCAGCAGAAAGGCUCUCCAGCAGAAAGGCAGAAAGGCUCUCCAGCAGAAAGAAUCUCCAGCAGAAAGGGAGUCAAUGACAGGAAAACCAACACUGAAUCCUCUCCAGCAGAAAGCAGAAAGGCUCUCCAGCAGAAAGGCUCUCCAGAAGAAAGGCUCUCCAGCAGAAAGGCUCUCCAGCAGAAAGGAUCUCCAACAGAAAGGCUCUCCAGCAGAAAGGCAGAAAGGCUCUCCAGCAGAAAGGCUCUCCAGCAGAAAGGCAGAAAGGCUCUCCAGCAGAAAGGCAGAAAGGCUCUCCAGCAGAAAGAAUCUCCAGCAGAAAGGCUCUCCAGCAGAAAGGCUCUCCAGCAGAAAGGCUCUCCAGCAGAAAGGCUCUCCAGCAGAAAGGCUCUCCAGCAGAAAGGCUCUCCAACAGAAAGGCUCUCCAGCAGAAAGGCAGAAAGGCUCUCCAACAGAAAGGCUCUCCGGCAGAAAGGCUCUGUGUGUGCAGAAAGGCUCUCCAGCAGAAAGGCAGAAAGGCUCCAGCAGAAAGGCUCUCCGGCAGAAAGGCUCUCCGGCAGAAAGGCAGAAAGGCUCUCCGGCAGAAAGGCAGAAAGGCUCUCCAGCAGAAAGGCUCUCCAGCAGAAAGGCUCUCCAGCAGAAAGAAAGGCUCUCCAGCAGAAAGGCAGAAAGGCUCUCCAGCAGAAAGGCUCUCCAGCAGAAAGGCAGAAAGGCUCUCCAGCAGAAAGGCUCUCCAGCAGAAAGCUCUCCAGCAGAAAGGCUCUCCAGCAGAAAGGCUCUCCAGCAGAAAAGCUCUCCAGCAGAAAGGCUCUCCAGCAGAAAGGCAGAAAGGCUCUCCAGCAGAAAGGCAGAAAGGCUCUCCAGCAGAAAGGCAGAAAGGCUCUCCAGCAGAAAGGCUCUCCAGCAGAAAGGCUCUCCAGCAGAAAGGCUCUCCUGCAGAAAGGCAGAAGGUAG